UACGUUUUUUCCCUAAGCACAUCGCGCGCCUCCUUCCUUCCUCUUUCCGCCAUAUUGCAGAACUGGCAAAAUGGUGCGCAUGAACGUUCUGGCUGAUGCGCUGAAAAGCAUCAACAAUGCCGAGAAACGGGGGAAACGCCAGGUGCUCCUCAGGCCGUGCUCCAAAGUUAUAGUCCGCUUCCUCACCGUCAUGAUGAAGCAUGGUUACAUUGGCGAGUUUGAGAUCAUUGAUGAUCAUCGAGCGGGAAAAAUUGUGGUGAACCUCACAGGCAGACUGAAUAAGUGUGGUGUCAUCAGCCCAAGGUUUGAUGUGCAGCUGAAAGAUUUGGAGAAGUGGCAGAACAAUCUGCUCCCGUCCAGACAGUUUGGGUUCAUUGUAUUGACAACCUCAGCUGGCAUCAUGGACCAUGAGGAGGCAAGACGAAAACACACAGGAGGGAAAAUCCUAGGGUUCUUUUUCUAAACACGUGUAAAGUCACCAACAAAUAAAAUCCCAUUUCCAGUGGA